AUUUACAGCAGCGUCGGACCAUCAGCUCAGUCCCAUCAUUCGAUGCAGUUUUGAGUAAUCAUUACACCUACAUGAAAUUAUUGCACUCCAAGCUAUGCACGUGCCUAAAACAAUGACCUGUUGUUAUUUUGGCACUGUUCUCUGCGCUGAACGACUGAAAACUCCUUAUUUAUCGGGAGCAUCAUCUCAGGGAACGGACUCUCUGGCGGAGCGCAGGACGGGAUGGCAUCGCAACAGUGCGUUUAGGAAACGGGAAUGGGAAGUUUAAACGUUCGUGGACUGCGGAUACUGGCUAAAAAACACGCGAGGGAUGGCUUUAAAGGAAGUUUAAAAAGGAAUAAUCUGCAAUAAUUCAAUAAUCGGCUCUGAAUGAGGCACAAACUCUGUUUGUGGCGGACUGUUAAUUCUUCACAUUAAGCUGUGCUGGUUCUUCGGGCACAAUGAAAUCCAUCUUCUACACUCGCUUUUUCAUCCUUCUUCCGUGGAUCUUGAUAGUGAUCAUCGUGAUUGACAUCGAUACGAAGAGGCUGUCUGUUCGGAACACGGCCAGCUUUUAUUUGUCUCGGCUGGGAAAUGUGCAGCAGCAGCGGCAGGUCGUCAGGACGACUCGGAGCAGCAGCAGCAGCACCACCACCAGCAGCAGCAGCGGGAGUAACGCCACAUCUCUGCCGGUCAUUUAUGCCAUCACUCCUACUUACAGCCGAGCGGUGCAGAAAGCAGAGCUCACCCGCUUGGCAAAUACGUUCCGCCAGGUUCCGCGGUUCCACUGGAUCGUGGUGGAGGACUCGAACUCCCACACGGAGCUGGUUUCUCGGUUUCUCGCCCGCUCUGGGCUGCGAUACACUCACCUGAACGUGUUCACUCCGCGCAGGUUCAAGCGGACAGGGAUGCCCCGAGCGACCGAGCAGAGGAACUUAGCGCUCGGCUGGCUGAGAGGACAUCGCUCGGUCAAAGAUAAAGGAGUCGUUUUCUUCGCAGAUGAUGAUAACACGUACAGCCUUGCGUUAUUUGAAGAGAUGCGGUCAACCAGGAGAGUGUCAGUGUGGCCGGUGGGACUCGUUGGAGGCCGGAGGUACGAGCGGCCCUUAGUGGAAGAGGGGAAAGUGGUCGGCUGGUACACAGGCUGGAAGGCCGAUAGGCCAUUUGCAAUUGACAUGGCUGGUUUUGCAGUGAACCUGCAGGUGAUCCUGUCAAACCCACGUGCCCUGUUCAAGAGAAGAGGAGCCAAACCAGGGAUGCAAGAGUCUGAUUUUCUCAAACAGAUCACCAAGGUGGAGGACUUGGAGCCAAAGGCCAAGAACUGUACACAGGUCCUGGUCUGGCAUACCCGCACUGAGAAGGUCAACCUGGGUAACGAACCAAAGCGGCAACAGGACUCGGUCUAUAUAGAGGUCUAGCGAUUGACACUGGACUAAGACUGUCAUAUAUCACUGGAUGAAGGCCCGCCAUCAUCGGCACUUUCCAAAUCGAUGGCCACCUUUGAACUUAAGGAUACCUGCUCUGGCGGAAAAGACAUGCCAAGCUGUCUCUGUAUUCUCUACUGACAUGCACUGUAUCUGCUGAAUCUUCUCACUGUGGCGUCACACUGGAUUACCUGAAUUGUGGUAGAGGAGAAACCAUGGAUAAGGGGUUUUCAAAUGGCAACUGGACAUGAAAAAACUUGAUCUUAUUCCCAUCUUGCAGACUCUGGACACUCGGGAGAAUCAGAUCAAUGUCUGUGAAUGGGGAGGAAAAGGACCAGCCGCUAGAAUAACGUACAGAGAGGUUGAGUGGUGCUGAAGGGAAUCGAACUGUCCACGAAAACAAAAGGAACAGUGGAUGAAAAACCCUGGAAAUUCCGUCUAAAGCGUGAGACACUAUUACAAGGACAGAACUUUUGGAUUACAACUGUCUUUAUUCCAAGCGACCCUCUUUAAAAGCAAAAAAAAAAAAAAAAAAAGGAAAAAAUAACUUUACAAUAAAUGCAUCUUUAGACAAAAUGAUCACACAAUAGUCACAAUAGUUUCAUGGUUUAAUGCACGGAAAUAACAAUAUUCUGUCUCUGUACUAGGCACCAGAAAAUGUAAACACAUUAUAGAAAUAAACCUGGAUGACACGGUGGGGAUGUUUAUAUUAUUGCACAGCAGAGAGACCCUGUCUGAGAGGAUAGAAGCUCUGCUACAGCAGCGAGACUGACGUGUUCGACUGCACACUUUUGAUCGGUCCCUACUUUUCAAAACUAGCUGGCUAAAACUUUUUAUUGACCCCCAAUGCCCCCUUUUUCCGUUAGCCGUCACAGCUGUA